AAAGUGAUAAUUUUUCAGAGAAAAUAUUUCAGAAAAAUGAUAUAACAUAACCCUGACGAAAAUGCCCCACAAGCGUAAAAUACGGAAGGAUAAUGAAACGAAACUAUUGUUUGAACCUGAUGAUAGUUUUCUGUUCUUAGCGUACACAGGAGUUAGUUCUGAUAGUCUCCUGGUACCCCUGGACACACUAGUCACACUAUCCAUCCUUAAAUAUAUCGGAGCAGAUCUCAAGGUGUAUCUUGUCUGUGAGAGGAAAAAUGAAUUCUCGGUGAACAUUAAUAAAUCAGGGUUCAGGUUCGAGCUCGUAGAUAAACUACCUGAUCAAGCUUCAAAAUGCAGAUUACCUGUGUGGUAUUUACCAAAUCAGUUGACCUGCCUGGCUGGUCUUUGCUCUGUAGUGAGAUAUGCUGUAAAGCUGGUAUCCUUUACAAACCCACUCCUCUCCGAACACAAACAGCUUCUUGGGCAUCAGAUGAACUGUUUAUCCGCCCCUGCUGAGGUAUCCACUUGGACCAAGUUUUGUGAACUAGAAGUUCCAACCUCAAUAUCACACUUCAUGUCCAGUAAUGACCCUCACCUACCUGUUGAACUCUCAAGACUUGAAGUACACCUGAAGCAACCUCUGCGAAUUCAUAACAUAAGGACCUCAAUUGAUCCAGUAUGGUCAGUCGCAAGAAAGAGAAUGCAGGAUGCGCAAAAGAAAAUUUCAGCCAACAACGAAAAAGCAUCGAAAAAUGAGAGUUCAGACCUGAUUAACAAUUCAAUGGAAGAAAAUGAAAAUUGCAAGGUUAAUUCCAAUAUGAAUGGGAAGAAAAUUGAAAACAAGAAUGAUAAAGAUAAAGCAAGAAAGCAAGCAGAAGAUAUGUUAAAUAUUCAAUCAUAUUCUCAGGACCAGCAUAUAUACUUGGAGGGUCCUGACCUACUUAUCUCUGACCUAAUCGUGUAUUCCUGCCUCUACCUCCUGUUCUCCAACCACAGCGAGAUCAUGAAGACCUCUCUUCCCCUCCUCUACUCCUGGAUGAACAAGGUUGGGAUAGAGAGGGGAGCUGAAGGAGUUCUUCAGGAGAUUCUUCAUGUACAAGAGCAGGAGCCUCGAAGUGUAUAUUGUGUAUCUCCUGUACAUGUACCUGAUGAGAGCUUGUACAAGUGUGAUCCUAAGCGUGAAACAUGCAGAACAUUUACUAAUCAGAUGGAUAUAGACAGGAAUCUGGAUUGGUGGCAGGACAGUGGACUGGUCAGCCUUCAGAGCUACCUGGAUCCGGGUUCAGGGUUUGGAGAGGAAUCUGAGAUAGAUUGGAGCAACCUACCACUACUAGUACAUCCACAGGCAGGAGAGUUACCAGCUGACCGUCUUCAGCGCAAAUGUUCCCAAUUGCAAGGAUUGGUUCUGCCACUGCAGAAAAUCGCGGCAAAGCGAUGUUCUUCUCCGCAUCGCUUCAAGAUCUCCAUAGAGGAAAAUAAAUUCUCGUCCGAGGUUGGAAGGAGAUGCAUUAUCGUUGAUUUCUGUAGCGGUGGGGGUCAUCUUGGUCUUCUACUGGCGCAUCUUAUACCCCAGGCUGAAGUUCACAUGGUGGAGAACAAAGAAGAGAGUUUAGCUCGAGCUCGUGAGCGUGGGUUGGCACUAGGACUCAAGAAUGUCUGGUACUAUCAAGCUAACAUGGAGUACUAUCAGGGAGUAUUUGAUAUCGGAUGUUCCCUCCAUGCCUGCGGUGUAGCCACGGAUAUAGUUAUUGCAAAGUGUAUUGUGAAUAGAGCUGAUUUUGUGUGUAGCCCUUGCUGCUAUGGAGCUGUUCAACCUAUAGAGAAUAUUAAGUAUCCGAGGUCAUUCUUUUAUUUUUUUAAGUUUGAGAAACUGUUUGUUCUACAAAUGAAAAGCAUUUUGUAAGUUAUCUUCAAUUCG